AUGGUCCGGGCACCAGAUGAGUGGGUAUUUACGUUUAAAUUUGCAAUUUUAAACGUUUUCAGUGCAAGUUAUAAGUCAAUUUUUCCAGACCUCCGAAGAAGCCCGACGACGAUCCGCAACCGCCGCUCAAUCUGGGUCCCAACGGGGAAGAGAUUUCUGCCCCCAACUACAGUUACCGGAAUGAGAAUUGUCUCUUCCUGGAUCACCCGAAUUUGGCUCCACGAGAGCGGAGACUGCUCGAAAUUCUUCAGGAGCGCGUUGCCGACGCAAUGCUCUACAAUUUCGAUACCCACGCGCAAGCAAUGGAGAUCUCCAAGGUCACUUUCAAUGCUCUGGAGGAAUUGCUGAGAAGAGGGGAAAAGAUCCAUGCUCUGUUUGAUGAGGAUCCAAUCGAAUCAAACAUUUUCCGCAGUGUGAUGUCUGGAGAGGAGUUUGUCCGAGAGAUGAACAAGUUUCGCUCGGAGGUAAGCGACAUUCAGGCAAUGAUAAUGAUGGAAUGACGUUUUUUUAGUGGGAUGUGGUCUUCGCAAACCAGCUUCAUGAUGACACCAUUACUGGAGUUGUGGCCUGCACAGACUGUGAUAACAUGAUCAAGUUCGGCAUGAUUGUGAGUACAGAAAUGUUUACAUAUUAUCUGUUUGCAACGAAAACCCUCGGAGUACAUUUUUCAAAACAAUUAAGUAAUUUUCAGUGGGACGACUACAAGGGAUUCUACGCCAUCUCGAUCCUCAACCGCGUUCCACACGAGAUGCGUCUCAACUGCUGA